UUUUUUAAAUUCUUAUAAGGUAUAAUUUAUCAUAGUUUACAUAUUCUUUCAAUAAUAGCAAUAAAAAACGUUUAGCAUAACACUUAUUUAUGCAUUUUUGGCACGUCUCAGGAAAACAAGAUCUGCAUAAAAAGAUGUAAAAAACUAUUUUUAUUUUUUAGCGUCUGGGAUCAUGUUUUUUAGUCUUUUGCGGAUCUUUGUUCUUGAUUUUCAAGUCGUGUCCUAAGAUUUGAAUUUUUAGUAGUGUUUUUUAAGUUGGAUAUAUCGAAAUGGGUAGAAAUAUUCUAAUAUGGAUAUUUUUUCUAUUAUUAUUAGUUUGGAAGUAUAUAAAAGUACUUAAAAAUUAUAUCAGAUGUGUUAUGUUUAGUGCAUUCCUACCAGGUCCUGAAGGAUUACCUUUUUUAGGGAAUAUCUUGACUUUAAAAAAUAGUGACCGUUUAGUAGAUUUAGGAACCAAUGCUUCUCAGUACUUUGGUCGAAUAUUCAGAGCUUGGGUACUCUUCCUGCCUUUCGUAUUCGUCUAUGAACCGGAUGACUUGAAGAUCAUUUUGUCGAAUUCAAAAGCUUCUGAAAAAAAUUUCUUGUAUUGUAUCAUGCAUACUUUCAUUGGGGAUGGAUUGAUAACAAAUAACGGUGGAAAAUGGAAACAAAACAGACGCCUCGUACAACAUUAUUUCCAAAUACAUUACAUUGAAAAUUACUUUGAUAUUUUUGCAAAUAUCUCCCAAGAAUUUACGGCAAAUUUAUCGACUAAAAAGUGCGUAAAAAUAACGGAAUUCGUUAAUUCCCUUGUACUUAAUAUUCUGCACAAAGCAGUGCUAGGAAUUUCAUCGACAGAUGACAAUCCGUUUAGAAGAGGUGAACUUCUUAUACUCAAGAGAAUUCUAAAACCCUGGUUAUUGUUGGAAACCGUUUUCAAACAUUCAGAUAUGUCAAAAAGAGAGAGGAGACAAAAUAUUACGCUUCACCAGUAUGUAAAGAAGGUUUUAAAUGAGAGACUUUGCGAAAGGAAGAAGAAAAAAAUAGUUACUUCUCCGUCACUCUUGGACUAUUUCAUUGAAUUGAUGGAGACCACACGAUUUUCUGAGAAGGAUGUUGUUAAUGAGAGUGUAACGUUCAUGUUAGCAGGACAAGAUUCUGUAGGAGCUACCAUUGCUUUCACUCUUUACUAUCUGGCUAAACACCAAGACAUCCAAGAAAAACUCCUGAAAGAGAUUACUGAUGUCUCUCCUGAGAAUGUUCCUUAUAGCUUGGAUCAAAUCAACAGAAUGACAUAUUUGGAGCAAUGUAUCAAAGAAACUAUGAGACUGGCUCCGAGCGUACCAAUAAUAUCCAGAGUUCUGACCAGUGAUAUUGUUUUAGAUAACUACACAUUACCAGCUGGUUUGAAUGUAUUUAUAUCACCCUUCAUUACGCACAGAUUGCCUCACAUUUUCAAAAAUCCCCUAAACUAUGAUCCUGAGCGAUUUUCUUCUGAAAAUUUGAAGAAAAUACCUUCACAUGGGUUUAUACCUUAUAGUGCAGGCCCUAGAAACUGCAUAGGAUACAAAUUUGCCUACCUGCAGAUGAAGACCAUUCUUGCAACACUGAUCAAAAACUAUCGUUUUAAACUGAUCCCUGGAAAAGAAAAUCUUUCAUUUAAAUACAGGGUAACCCUAAGGGCUAAAGCGGGAAUAUUCUUGGAGAUAGUACCUAGAAGUAAAAUAUAUGUAGAUUAAUAUGCAUAACUUUUUUUAUCAGGAUUAUAGGAGGUAUGCAUAAUGUAUAUGUAUGAAUAAAUGUUUUCACACUUAUUUCUUUACGCCCUGUAUAUAACCUAAAACUUCCACCGCAAAAAUCCUAAAAGAAUAAUACUCAGUAAUCGUGCAAUAUUAUUAUAAUAUUAUUAAAUUAAAUAUAAAUAAGAUUUAAAUAAAAUUGAUAAAAUAAAUGUAUUUUUUAUUUAAGAAUCUUCAUUUCAAACUAUAGUUUAUCUAGCAAAAGAAAAUAUGACAGUGUCAUUUGAUAUAUUAUGUCAUCUUAAUUAAAAAAUAAAUUGUUUCUUUUGUUUUUAACUAGAUAGACUAUAGCCAUUAUAGUCCAUCACAAAAUAUAGAUAGUUCUUUUCACGAAACUUUUCCCUUAUUUUAUUACUUACUUAAAUUUUGAAUAUUGUUUUGACAAUUGUGAAAACAAGGAAAAUUAUUGUGAGAAGAACCAUAUUUUUAUUAAAAAAUUGUAUCUGGUGCCUAAAGUCUGUCCAAGAAGAAAAUACAUGACAGGAACAGUUAUACCCGGCAUUUGAAUUCAGAAGUAAAUUGUAGGUAUUUCUUAUCAAUUUUUGGUAAUGUCAUCUGUCGAAAUAUCCCUUCACUCGUUGGACAGAGUUUAGAUAAAAUGUCUUACCUUCAUUCGUAACUGACGUAAAAAACGUCAAAAUCGGAAAAAUCAGUAACUUCUUCUAUUUACAGGGUGGCGCACCUCAUUCGUCUCGGUUGAUUAUACGAAAACGGAAAUAUGUAGAAACAAAUUUUUUUGUGGGUAUAUGUAGAGGAGCAAUGUGCGUAAUUUAAAAUUAUUUUCAA